AUGAAGAAAGAAACUCAUUCCACCGGUUACCAUUUGCUUAGAAGUGAUCCAGUCUUGGCUGAUGAGUUAGAAGAACCACCGGAAUCAACCCAAGAAGAAGAAUCAGCCGAAGACAAAGCAGCUGCCACCGACAAGUCUCCCCUCUGGAAAGCAGUAGUCAACUUGAUGAGUAGCAUUGAGGGAACAGGCCUGCUCGCACUACCAUAUGUCAUAGCUCAGAGUGGACUAGUGGCCAUAGCAGCAAUGGCAGUUGUGCCAUUUAUCGCUUUCUACACUGGAGCAAUCUUGAUUGACUGUCUUUACGAAAAAACGAUGCUGGAGAAAGAGUGCGUGUCAGAUCCAACUAUAAACAACUGGGUGAAGCUUUCUCGCCUCGUUUUGGCGGUACCAUAG